UGACUUAAUCUCGGUCCAUAAAAACGCAAAAAACAACUUGGCCAAGAUCUCCAACCAUUGUAACCUCUUGCUUGGUCAAUAACGCAUAUUUUUCUGGUUUGAUUGGGGUCACUACCACUAUCGCUCUGAGCGGUGAAGGGCUAGCGCUCGAAGCAUCAGCUUUCGGAACUCUUUACUGUGGCAGUUUACGUUACCAUUCAGUAGGACCCUCCGAACUACAUCUUCGCUGUACACCGUUGGUGUUUUCGUUCUAGCCUUGCGAACAUUCAUGCCACGAAAGAAAACGCGAAAGGAUGAUGUGGAGUGUAGCAGUCCAGGGUUAAGGAAACUGAAUAACACAGCUAAGAACAGGAAAACAGUUCAAUCCCGAUUCAUGGAUCACUUUACAAACCGGACAUCGCGAUAGAAACUUCCCUCUACCUAACGUCAUUCCUUCGGGCUCUUUUCUUUCUGUCCGGCAAACCAUAGUUAGUAGAGGGGAACUAGUUCCCCUCUACUAACUAUGGGCAAACGGAGUUGGAUCUUGUGUGACCUCGGUCUCUGUGAACCCCUGUGGCCAAUUAAAUAUGUAGUGCUAGUCACGCGAAAAUCUGCAGCCACGGCUUAUCAUAUUGGCAAAGCCACCGAGUUCUGCAUUCCAGAAAUGUGGGGAUGGUUUGACCUUGUUCGGCUGGUGGAUCAAAGUCGGUGUUGCGAUUUUGUCCACUGGAAAUCUGGUUUUGCAUGACCCAUGGAAAAUGCCACGUUUGACGUCAUCUUUUUAAAUUUGGUGGAUCACGCAUGCGCUACAAAAUGUCGGACAAACUUCAGUUAGGCGAAGGACAAUUGACCUUGAUACGGCCAGCAGUCGAGAAAGAUGAGGCAAUUCAUUUAGCUUGUUCACUAUAUGGCCUGAAAUUAUCAGAUCCCAGUCUUAUCAAGGAAUUUGACAGUUAUGAUGAUCGAAAUUUUUACCUGAAAGGCACGCUUCCACCCAAAGAUCAUGCACAUGAGCGGUUUCGACAGAAUGAAGCUGAAUUCGUGUUAAAGAUUCUAAACCACGUGGAUUCCCAAGACAUUUCCUCUGUGCAAGGGCAGAACGAAGCUUUGUUGUUCUUAAAAGAAAAUGGAUUUAAGAGUCCUGCCCCGAUUAAAGCUUUAAAUGGCGAAUAUGCUGUCACCUGCGAAAUAAAAUGCGGAAAUGCAGAGAAGGGCGAAGAAAACAAACAGCUCGAGCGAGUUCAUGUCGUUCGACUUCUUAGCUUUGUUCCAGGGAAGCUUAUUAGGGAUGUACCUUGCACAGCUGAAGUUUUCUUCUCUUUAGGUCGCUAUACAGCCAAGAUGAAUAAAGUUCUACAGGGAUUUAGCCAUCCAGGUGUUGGCUCUUUAGCCAAGAAAGAGUGGGAUUUGUCUCAGAUACAUACCAUCAAAAGCUAUGUUCUUACUGUUUCUCAAGGUGACAGAGAACAACAGAUUUUAAGUUUGAUUUAUAACAAUUUUACAAAUGAUGUUCUUCCACAACUCCAGAAUUUCUCAAAACAAGCAAUCCAUGGUGAUGUUAAUUAUGAGAACAUACUUGUUGAGCCAAAUCAUUGUGGGGAGGGAUAUGAAGUAGUCAGCUUCAUUGAUUUUGGAGACAUGAGUGUUUCAUAUAGGUUGUUUGAAGUUGCUAUCUGUAUGAUGUACAUGAUUCUGCUUGGAGUUCGACAAGGGCACUCACAUGAUGAGGCUAUACAGAUGGCAGGUCAUGUUCUCUGUGGCUAUCAAAGUGUUUGGAGCUUAAGUCAGUCAGAGCUUCCUCUACUCUACUGGUCAGUGGCUGCCAGAUUCUUCCAGUCCUUUGUUAAUGGAGUGUACAAACAGUCAUUGGAACCUGAGAAUGCUCAUAUUUCAGAUGACUGCGAGUUAAUAAUGGGUAUUCUUCAAUCUUACACAACCUUGACAAGAGAAGAGGUUUUAAAUUCAUGGUUAUCACUUGCUAAAUAGUGCAAAUUUAAACCCUGACUUAAAACUGCUUAAAAGAAGAAACAAAUAUGCACAGCUAGGUGUUAUUUGCACAACACCUUUAUGUAUCUCCCGAGGGUAACCAAAUGGUGAUAAGUCCAUGAUUACCCUCGUUAUCUUUCUGAUAAUGUAAGUAAAAUAUAGGGUUUAUAUUUGUAUAAGUUGCUGUAGUUUGUUGUAGUUCACUGUAGUUUCGUUUAGUUUUUGCUCUGUUACAGGCUGAAUACUGUAUUUAAGUACCAGUGUUAUUAAGUGGGUUGAUGCCAAACAAUCCCAAAUUGAUUAAAGAAGCCAUGCCAUUUAC